AGCCACCAGGGAGCCACCGCCACCAGCCACCUCGGCUAACACCUCUCCCACCACCCGCUUCUCAGAGCCAGCAGCUGUUGCUACCGGCAGUCCCCAGGGCCAGGGCCUUCUCCACUUUUGUGCUUUGAUCAAGAUGUGGUAACCUCUUUCCCGGGGCCCUACAGGCCCUAUAAAAGGAGGCUGGUUUUAGUGGGACCCGUUCGGCCACCUCCUCAGUGCCAGGAUCCCGCUGGAAAGAGUUUGUCCUCUCCCUUCUGGAGAAGAUGCAGACACAAGAGAUUCUGAGAAUCCUGCGGCUGCCUGAGAUGGGUGACUUGGGCCAGUUUUUCCGCAGCCUGUCGGCCACCACCCUUGUGAGCAUGGGUGCGCUGGCUGCCAUCCUCGCUUACUGGUUCACUCACCGGCCAAAGGCCUUGACCCCACCGUGCAACCUUCUGAUGCAGUCAGAAGAAGUGGAGGACGGUGGUGGGGCCCGGCGAUCUGUGAUUGGAGGUGGCCCUCAGCUACUCACCCACUACUACGAUGAUGCCCGGACCAUGUACCAAGUGUUCCGCCGGGGCCUUAGCAUCUCAGGGAAUGGUCCCUGUCUUGGCUUUAGGAAGCCCAAGCAACCUUACCAGUGGCUCUCCUACCAGGAGGUGGCCAACAGGGCUGAAUUUCUGGGAUCGGGGCUGCUUCAGCACAACUGCAAAGCAAGCACAGAUCAGUUUAUUGGUGUUUUUGCACAGAAUCGGCCAGAGUGGAUCAUCGCAGAGCUGGCCUGCUACACAUAUUCCAUGGUGGUGGUCCCGCUUUAUGACACCCUAGGCCCCGGAGCUAUCCGAUACAUCAUCAAUACAGCGGACAUUAGCACUGUGAUUGUGGACAAGCCUCAGAAGGCCGUGCUGCUGCUGGAGCACGUGGAGCGGAAAGAUACCCCAGGGCUCAAGCUGGUCCUCCUCAUGGAGCCAUUUGAGGAAGCCCUGAAAGAAAGAGGGCGGAAGUGUGGGGUGGUCAUUAAGUCCAUGCAGGAUGUGGAGGACUGUGGCCAAGAGAAUCACCGUGCUCCUGUGCCCCCACAGCCUGAUGACCUUUCCAUUGUGUGUUUCACGAGCGGCACGACAGGGAACCCCAAAGGUGCGAUGCUCACCCAUGGGAACGUGGUGGCUGAUUUCUCAGGCUUUCUGAAAGUGACAGAGAAAGUGAUCUUUCCGAGACAGGACGAUGUGCUCAUCUCCUUCCUGCCUUUGGCUCACAUGUUUGAGAGAGUGAUCCAGUCCGUCGUCUACUGCCAUGGAGGGCGCGUCGGCUUCUUCCAAGGAGACAUCCGCCUGCUCUCGGAUGACAUGAAAGCCCUACGCCCCACCAUCUUCCCUGUAGUCCCACGUCUGCUGAACCGGAUGUAUGACAAGAUCUUCAGCCAGGCAGACACAGCACUGAAGCGCUGGCUCCUGGAGUUUGCGGCAAAGCGCAAGCAGGCCGAGGUCCAGAGUGGCAUCAUUAGGAAUAACAGCAUCUGGGACGAACUCUUCUUUAAUAAAAUUCAGGCCAGUCUUGGAGGGCGUGUGCGAAUGAUCGUUACUGGAGCAGCCCCUGCGUCACCAACGGUCCUGGGGUUCCUCCGUGCAGCACUGGGGUGUCAGGUUUACGAAGGUUAUGGCCAAACUGAGUGUACAGCCGGCUGCACGUUCACCACCCCUGGAGACUGGACCUCAGGGCACGUCGGGGCCCCUCUGCCCUGCAACCAUAUCAAGCUUGUUGAUGUGGAGGAACUAAACUAUUGGACGCACAAAGGAGAGGGAGAGGUAUGUGUGAAAGGACCGAAUGUGUUCAGAGGCUACUUAAAAGACCAGGAGAGGACAAACGAGGCCCUGGACAGUGACGGCUGGCUUCACACAGGAGACGUCGGGAAGUGGCUGCCGGAAGGAACUCUUAAAAUCAUUGAUCGCAAAAAGCACAUAUUUAAACUUGCUCAGGGAGAAUAUGUUGCACCUGAAAAGAUUGAGAACAUCUACAUCCGGAGUGAGCCUGUGGCACAAAUCUAUGUCCAUGGGGACAGCUUAAAGGCCUAUUUGGUGGGCAUCGUAGUGCCUGACCCUGAAGUCAUGCCCUCCUGGGCCCAGAAGAGAGGAAUUGAAGGAACUUAUGCAGAGCUCUGUGCAAAUAAGGACUUGAAGAAAGCCAUUUUAGAAGAUUUGGUGAGGUUAGGAAAAGAAAGCGGACUUCAUUCUUUUGAGCAGGUUAAAGCCAUUCACAUCCAUUGUGACAUGUUCUCAGUUCAAAAUGGCUUGCUGACACCAACACUAAAGGCUAAGAGACCUGAGCUGAGAGAGUACUUCAAAAAACAAAUAGAAGAGCUUUACUCAGUCUCCAUGUGACGUGCAAGGGAAGUUGUUCUCAGCAUAAUGGACUACGCAGCAAUAUUAUAGUUAUUCUUGAAAGUAACGAGUCAAAGCAACUCAGCUGAAAAUGAAUAAGCACCUGAUUUUAUGACUGAGCCUUUUCCUUUCCCAAGAGGUCUUUAACAAUAUUUUCUCUAUCAUCACUGAGUACAUUUUAUUUUUAUUAAAAUGAUACUGUAGAAAGCUGCUAAAAAACAUCACAAAUGGCAAUGUAAAAAUCAAGACAGUUUAUUAAGAACUGUGUACCACUAAAAGUAAUAUAUUCUCAAUAUUCAUGAAACUCUUAUUAAAUAUAAAGGAAAAACAACUGACAUAUUGUACUUAAUUAUUUGUAGACUAAUAACCAGAUAUAGCAAAUAUCUAGGCAAUGUGGGCUACCUCAUUCGAUAACUGUAAUUCACAAAUCAUUUAAAAAUUAAAAUGAGGUAUACAAAAUCAUGCUAAAAUAAAACAAUAACUCUACAUGAUUUUAAAAAUGACAAUCCUUUAUUGAUGUGAAAAGUUCUCAUUUUUACUUUUAUUCAUGAAAAAUGCAAAUUCAGAUAGUCUUAAACAAAUGUUAUAUUUAUAUAACAACUUACAGAGAUCUUUCAAUACAUUUUUUUAAUUUAUUAAUCUCAUUAAAACAUUCAGGAACUACCUACACAAAUGUAAUGUAAAACUUUUUGAGGUUAGUAUGCAUAUAUUCCAGGACUUCUUACCAUAAUGAAUUCUAAAAGAUGUCUCUUGGUUCUAUAACGAAUUGACCUUUAGGGAAGACUUAAAAGACAACACUCAGAGCUAUUUGUCAGGGUGGGUAGGGCUAGGAAUUUAGCUCAGUGGCAUAAGUGCCUGCCUGGCAAUCACGAGGUCCCAAGUUUGAUCCCUGGUACAAAAAAAAAAAAAAAAAAAAUGGAUUGUUGUAUCUCAGGAUCGGUAGCAAUUAGUAUUCCCUGUUGAGGUCUUUCUCUCUUCUAUUCUCAGAGGGUCCAUGUUGGAGCUGGAAAAUGCAGUAUGGCUGUAAUUCUGAAUAAAUUUAUUUUCUUUCAAUAUGACUAUCAAGGCAGGAUGAGAGGAGGAAUAGCUGUUGUUUCUAAAGAAAAUAAUUUUUUACUUUGAAGAGAAAAUGAUCCAUCAUAGAGAAUUACCUGUUUAUGGCAUAAUUUUAUUCUUAGAAUCUCCACAUGCUCUUAAAUGAACUAUAAGACCCUCUUUUCUGCAUUAUGUAUUUAAAUGCGACCUCCACCUGGGUGACAGGGAUUUAAAUAAUAAAUCCCUGAUAUCAUGGUCAGCAGUUCAGUUCUAAGCUAUAAGUUGUACACCUAAAGAAGACAUGGUCCCUAGGUGUGUUUUUCUUUUGUAGGGAUGGAAGUCUGCAAGCACAUGAACAAUUCAUAUGCAAUUCAUGUGUUAAAUCAAAGUAUGCACACUCAGUGUUCUAGUGCAAGAGCUCACUUCCCUGGAAGAAGUCUAAGCUGAGUCACACAGGCCUGGAUGAAUCUGCACAGUAAUUACAUGCUUACAUUUCAGUCUUGUCCAAAGUGGACCACAGCUUCAUUUGAUAUAUCUAGUUAGGUUUUCACAUAUUAUUUAUGUAUAAUAUUUCUGAAGGCCUAUGAUUACACGUACAAAUCGGACACUUAAUAAAUGAGCCAAUUUUAUGCACUUUAAUUUUAAAGGUGCUUCUGAUUAAAGGUAUACUUAAAAUAGGCCACAGCUGUAUAGCUCUGGAAUUUUAAAUAUUUAAUACAUAUUUGAUCAAUUAAAAGUGAAAAUCAUUACCUAAAUUGGAUAUUUAUACUAUUUUAAGGGCAAGUGUCUCCACAUUUCAGAGAAAACUUGUUUCCCAUUGUAUGUCCACUUGACUACAAUUUCGUAAUUGGCUUUGAUUCCAAAAAAAAUUCUGAACAAUGUAUCUCAAGCAAAUGAUUUAAAACUCAUUUUAACUUUAUUUAUAUCUAUCUCAUAGUAGUUAGCUAUGAUUAAUUGCAGGCAAUUUAAGAUUUCUUUUGGUCUUUUAGUCUUUGAGAUCUUAUGUUUCUACUAGAUUUCCUGAUCUGUGUGAAAGUCCUAACAUUUGGGCCAAUAAAUGGGUCAGCGCAGAUGUGCCGAGAAGGGGGGGGGCGCUCCACACACACUGCAUGCACAUGUAUCUAUUCUUCUAACGCCACUUAAUCUCAUAGUAAAGAAAAAAGGAAACAACACGCAUUAAUGAAACUAUCUUGCCUCAGAUUUCCCAAUCAUAUAUUUCAUUUUGGGAGAGGGGAUUGAGUUUCCUUUUAACCAGUAUAGAAAAAAGAUACAUAAAGAGCUAUAGUCACACUGAGUGUUGGAGCAUGUUUAAGUUUAGAGGUCUAACAAAAAAUCAACUCUGUAAAUAUAAAUAUACUCUUAAAUAUUUGGCCUUUUUACUUAUUUCUAAUGAAAACAGGUUAGUAACUCACAUGUUGCAGACCAAUCCUAUUAUAUAUAAAACAAAAUAUAAAUCAAUUUAUCUUCCUUGUUAUAACAGAUGUCUCUAUGGUUUUGAGAUUUCCCUUCCAGGCAGGCCAGGAGACUCGGGCCCAUGUAGUACAUAGGUAUAGCUCCCUAUAUUAGGAACUCAAACUUGGAAGCCCAGUACUAAAUAUACCAUGUCUCUCCCUCAGACACAGUCACUCUUUAGUUCUAAAUUUAGGUAAAACCGUGAGGAUGGAAAAAACCCAGGAGUUUCCAUUGAAAUUUUUACAAUCAGGUAAUGUUUUAGCAAUUCGUAAUCAGCAGCUAAUUUGAUUGUAUUACCCAUCAAAAAACCAAUGGUCUUUUACUUCUCUGCCAUAAAGAAAAUGAAUUAUUCUUUAUAUUCCAACUGUAUAAAGCACAAAUGUGAUAGUUAUUUACAAUACAAAAUACUACAACAUGAAUAUAAAGAAUGGGAAAAUGUAUUUUUGCAUGAAAAGAGCACUUGCAAACUUGCUUAUCUCAGGAAAAAAUGAUCAUAUGUAAAAUUGGUAAACUAUAAGUUGGCUAUAUUUUCUUGUAUUUUUUAAGGAAGUAUUUACAUCAAAAGGAAGUAUUUAAAUCAAAAGGAUCCUAGUAGUCUUGUUUUCUCGCAAGUAUGCUAUAUAUUCCUGUCUGUGAGUCUACAAUCAACUACAAUAAAAAUGACAUUAGCAUGCAGGUGAGGACCAAACCCCAGCUCUUCAGUGAGAACACAUUAAUUGUUGGAACAAAGAAGCAAUAGAUAAAUACUUGGAAUACAAACAUUUCUAAACUUGGUCUUCAAGUGGAAAAAGAUUUACAUGAAGUGACAGUGGCAUUUAAACAUCCAUUUGACUUGUUUUAAUUUUCCUUGUUAAAUCAUUGUAAUGAUUGCAUGGAGGAAAAAUGGAUAUUUUUGAAGAAUUGCUUAUUCUACUUUCAAUUUUUGAAAAUUGAGGGAAUUAAAAUAUUACUUUUUAAAAUGCAUAAAGUAUCAACUGUAAUUAUAUUUUCAUUUGCUUUGUUAUAAUAGCAUGCAUAUCAAAUAUAAAAUGCAUUUAUGAAAACUUUUGUAAUAAAAUAAAGAUUUUUCAUUUCUCAAA